CACCUUUUUAUCGGGUUGGCGUCCUUGCGAUCACCAUGUGGCGCGGAAAUUAUCAGUACCUACUUUUGUCGACAUAAUCCUAUUUUGCUGUGUCGCGGAGUCUUCGUGAAUGGGACGACUGCGUUUUUAGUUUAAAAUCAUGCCGCGUUUUUUUACAAUUUAGAUUCGGAAUUACGUCGCGAGUGAAAUUCCAGUGGCAUUGAACCUCUUGUACAAAUCUAGUGUUUAUCUUCUCGUUCAGCAAUUUCCGAAAUCCUACCUUUCGGAUCACAUGACCGUGAAUGAAUGGUUUGAGUCUACGGUAGCAGGAAGACUGAAGAGUGAAGACUGAACAGGAAAGAUUGCCUCCUUCCUGAAGACACUUGCAGCUUCCUUUACAGCAUCGUUCAUCGGAAAGUGGUAACCGAAGGAACAUUGGCCUGGGCUGUGGAGGAGGCUCAGAGGGAGAAAGUGGAUCCUGGGGGUCUCUUCAAAAACAGUGGUUCUCCACUGAAAUUCUUUCGAAAUGGAGGGAAGCGGUCCUGGGAUCGGCAGACUCGACUGCUAUGAGGACAUGUUCAAAGAAAUUACGAGGAAACUCUAUGGCGAGGACCCUGAUCACAGAACCUCAAGUGUGCAAAACGAAUUCGAGACGUCGGUCUCUUACAAGGUUGAAGAUGACACCGAUAAUGGAACAGAUGCCAACGAUGAUUGGACAUGCGACGAGGAACCACUUAAGGGUACUGACGGAAGCAGAAUUGCUGCCUAUCAUUCUGCAAAAAGUACCUGGCGAUGCUACGAAUGUGGUGAUUGUAUGGGUGGGGGGCCACGGGAUGUAGCGGAACACUUCGUGGAAUUGCAUUUCUCCAGGAUCAUUGGGGACAACUCAAGGCAUAGACAUCACUCCCCCCGAAAAGACUACCUGCAGACUGAACUGAAACUCGAGGACGUGGUUGCCUACCUGGAAAGGGUGCGAGAUCGGGCCGAAAGGUCUGCUCCACCGUCACGAAGAACUCAGGAAACACAAACUGUGCCUGCGACUUUACUUCCGGCAACUUCUACUUUUCUCCUGCAAGAAUUACCCUCCGCUCCCGUCUCUCAACAUUUACACCAGAGUUCAGCCAGUAUGACCACCCCCGCUCCCGCAACGGCGAGUGGCAAAAGGUACACAUGUCCUUUCUGCCCUUAUGGAACCGACAGACGCGACCUUUACACUCGACACGAGAACAUCCAUCGCGAGGAGAAACCAUUCCAUUGCUAUAUGUGUUACAAGCCCUUCAAUCGAGCGGACCAUGUGAAAAAACACUUCCUUCGAAUGCAUCGGGAGCAUCCUUAUGAGCUUUCGAGAAUUCGUCGACCCGCUGGUAGUAGCAGUGCCCCAAAACCUAUUCAGCAAGACAAUAGCACGAGCGGAGCUGUUAGCAACCAGCAACAACACACCACGUAUCCCUCGGGAUACAACAACAACAAGGGUUAUCAGCUUCAAUCUAAUUCUGCUCCAGGAGCCAACAACACGGGCCUUUAUCAGGCAACCAAUAUGCCUGCGCCGGGUAUUAUGCAGCCGGAAGCGAAUUGUAGUGGGAGGAGGUUGCAGAAUGGAGGAUGUAAUAGCAAGAGCCAUCUUAAAGGGGGAACCAAGGGCGCACAGGAGAGAAGGUACACAUGCUGCUAUUGCUCCUGGAGUGGAGUCGAUAACUGGUGUUUAAAACGUCAUUUAAACACCCAUUUGAAACCUUUUGCUUGCGCUCUUUGCGAAUACAAAGCAGCGAGGGCUGAACGGUUAGCGACCCAUGUCCUGAAGGUUCACAAUAAAAGACAAUGUUCGAGAUGUUCCUUCCUAGCUGAAGAUGCUGCACAACUGCAAGUCCAUCAGCUUCACGUGCACAGAGUAACGGGUGCGAAUUCGCCAGCCUCAGCUUCUUCAGCACAAACCUCGCCACAGUCACAACCACAGCCUCAGAAUAAUCGCAUUCAACAGACUCAGCAGCAGCAGCAGCAACAACAGCAGCAGCAACAACCUUUACAUCCUGUUGGUGGAGGACGACCUCCUCCAGGACCUCCGGUCUUUCCAGCUCCAGCAUCUGCCAUCGCAUCAUCAGCAACAAUCAUUCCUCCUAGCACAAUCCUUGGCGAUCUGAGCAACAACAGAUCCAGUGAAAGGCGGAGGAAACAGAGUCAACCCAGAAAGGUUUUACACCAAAAACGAAUAUUCGAGGAUGAUCCGCUCAUCUCUUCAGACCAAAACACGAAUAACAAUGAAAAAGAGCUGGGAACGGAAAUAAGUUAUUUGACAGAUAAUUGUACGAGGCAGCAGAACAAUUUGGCAAUCCAGAGGAAAUUUAGGUGCUUCUCCUGUCCCGAUGAUGCGCCCGCUAGGGGUCAAAUUUCCAGCCCUUAUCACACCAAAGCUUCCCUGGCUCUCCACCAACUUUGGAGGCACAACAUCUUUGGGAAGAGGAAAGUUUCUGCGCAUCCGGUCGAGAAAACAAAGAGACAUUCCAUCACCUUGAAAGCCACAGUCUUCACGAAUGCCAAUUUCGACUACAGAAGAUAACAGUUGGAUGGAGGGAUUGUCUCCCUCCCUUUGGAUGCUGUAAAGAUUUCUCGAUUUUCGAAGAUCUGUUGUGACUUUAGGGUCGGAGUGUUUCUAGUUGUAAAAAUAAUGUGCCAUUUUUGAGAUGCGAUUCGGUUUCUGAUCUGGAACCAUAAGCUUUAUUAGGGUAAUCUUUUGGUUUACAGUUGAGAGCGAAAGUCCGGCCGAAGAAUUAUUUUCUUCUGUGCUUUUGACCGUUUCAAUUUUUGAAGAAUACGAAUUGCUUAAGGGAGUUGAAUCUUUAAAAUUCUUUUAAGUUUCUCGAUAUAUUUAUUUUUUCAAUCAUAAUUUUUGAAAUUCCGCUGUAUUUUUUGGAAGUAGGAAAUUUUGAGCAUUCAAAAAAAUGCCGAGAAUUCAGGGAUAUAAUCAAUGCUUUUUUUUUCAUUUCAGAAAUUUCAUAAUAUUGUAAAAAAAUGUGAAGAUUGUUUUUUUU